AUGACGUCGGCCUUCGCGUACCUCGUGGACCGCAGCGUUGGGCUCCCGAGCCGCUCGUACCGUGACGCGUUGCACGCGCGCGACUCGCGCGAGCUGCUGCACCACUCUCCGUCGACGACCAACUACAUCUUCCGCCGGGGUAUGCGCGCCUGGAGCUGUGCGUUGGACCCGACGGAGGACCGGUACCUCUUGAUUGGCACCGCCCAGUCGCACUUGCUCCUGUUCGACCUCGAAACGCUGGACAGAGCCGACGUGGCGGGUGCCCCUACGUACAACGCGACGAACGUGCUGAGUCCGAUGGCCGUCGCACGAGCGCAGCCUGCACCGUCGCUGACCCAGGGCCUCCAAUGGGGUAUUUCGAUGGUCGAGUGGUACCCCGUUGACAGCGGGCUAUGCAUCACCAGCUCCUUUGAUGGGCACGUGACUGUCUGGGACGCCGAGCGGCUAUCGCGUGUCAGUGCAUUUCCGCUACGACGGAAAGUCUUUGGCGCCAAGUUCUCGCCAGUGAGUACUACACACGCAUUGGUUGCCGCGGCGACCGCCAAUGGCGAAGUGCGCCUUGUGGACAUUGCGAGUCACGCAACGGCGCAUAGUCUAUUGGGCCACAAAGACGAAGUCUGGACGCUCGACUGGGCACCAACGAGUGAAUUUGCACUCGUAACGGGGUCGAGGGACGGCGAGAUUCGCCUGUGGGACAUCCGACUAUCGGGAGCCACAGCUUGUCUCUUGUGUCUCGACUGCCACGGACGAGCAAGUGUCCCGGGCCGCUCGAGUUUGUACACGAACGUGCAGCGAGAGAAGCCCAUGUCGUUGACUGCUGCUGCUGCUGCUGCUACACGGAAUAAAAGACGCCGCGUUAGCAGUGGUGGGGGCGGUGGGGGCGGUGAUGCAUCCGAGAUGCAACGUCGCGACCGACAGCGAGCGAGAUCGAGAGUGGAGAGUCAUCGUGAGGCAAUGCGGGCGACAGUGUUUCGACCGAAACGGAACGACCCGCAUGCUGCAGCGACUACUUCGUUAGCGGUUGCUCACAAUGGGGGAGUAACGAGUCUCGCGUACACACCGGAUGGGCGGUUUUUACUGAGUCGUGGCAUGGACAAUAAGCUUCGGUUGUGGAACGCAGCAUCCGGUGAACAUCAGUUUAUGAACUACCACGGCGUGCAACGAGCACAGCCGCGUGCUGCUAGAAAUGUACAAAUGGCCGUUGUCCAAGAAGGCGGGGCGUGGGAGACGACGGUAGUGUUUGUGCCGAACGGGUCGGAGGGAGCACUGGCGUCGUACCGCGUGUUUGGCGAAAGUGGUGUUCCACUUGGGUCAGCUACAGCCCAUUAUCAGCAAGUGACUGCAUGUUUGUACCGGCAAUCUACACGAGAGCUGUAUUCCGCAGGCGAAGACGGGCUGAUCAUGAAGUGGAAGCCGCCACCCGUUGACUUGUAUCCUGACGUGCCAGAAGAUGUCAGCAGCGACGCGCGGAUGAAAAGUGGCGGAUCUGCUGACGUCGCUACUGCUGCGGUUGGCGAUACUGACGCAUGGAGCGACGAUGACCAAGAUGCGACCAACCACCAAUUCAUCCCACCCAUUUUGCGCGAUAACGUAUGA